CGGGGGAAGGCGGGGCCAGGGCACAGCGGGCCCCCCAAGGGGAAGUGAGUGGCCGCGGCUGGGAUUACGUGCAGCGGUGGUGGCUGCAGCUUCUCCGAGUCUUCUAGACGCCGAGUGGAAGCGACGGACACUAGGCUUGGCCUCGGCACUUGCCCAGCAUACGGCCCGGACAUGGAUCCCGCCAGCCAAGAUAUCAACUUGAAUUCUCCUAACAAAGGUCUACUAUCAGAUACCAUGACAGAUGUGCCAGUGGAUACAGGGACUGCCAGGACCUCCAUUCCUGAGGGCCUGACAGAGGCAGAGGAAGAAGAGCUCAGAUCUGAACUCACUAAGGUGGAAGAAGAAAUUGUUACAUUACGGCAGGUCCUGGCAGCCAAAGAAAGACACUGUGGUGAGCUGAAGAGGAAGCUGGGCCUGACUCCCUUGGAUGGACUGAAGCAAAAUCUUUCAAAGAGUUGGCAUGAUGUUCAGGUCUCCAAUGCCUAUGUGAAAACAUCUGAGAAACUUGGAGAGUGGAAUGAGAAAGUGACACAGUCUGACCUAUAUCUUUCAGCAAGCAGCACAUUGGAGGACUGGAGUGAGAAAUUAACCCAUUCAGAAGCUUACAAGAAGACUCAGGAAACUCUCUCCCAGGCAGGACAGAAGACUUCAGCUGCUCUGUCCAAUGUGGGCUCUGCUAUCAGCAGAAAACUUGGAGAUAUGAGGGCUCAUCCCUUCUCACAUUCCUUUAGCAGCUACUCCAUUCGUCAUUCAAUAAGUAUGCCAGCUAUGAGGAACUCUGCAACCUUCAAGUCUUUUGAAGAUCGAGUUGGGACCAUAAAGUCCAAAGUCGUUGGUGGCAGGGAGAAUGGCAGUGACAACCUUCCUUCACCAACAGGAGACAGCGACAAACCUUUGCAGGAUCAUGCUCCUUUCUAGAUCCCUUUGGAGCUGUACUCUGCCACAGAAUGAGUUCAAGAACCCUCUCAACUCGUCAUGAGCAACUCUGCAGAAAAGAACAAUAUAAUUAUAAUUCAAACCAGGAAAUGGACAGAGUCCAGUUUUGAGAAUUCAUAUCCAUACAUAUAUAGACACUUGCUGCUGGAUUUGAGUAAAAUAGAGAACAAAAAAGUUUUGUACACAGAUAUUUUACACUAAAGUUUAUAGAUGAAGUGUAUCACUGUGCUAUUCUUCCUGGGAGGUGCAUUUAAAUGGACAGGACUUUCUCAUUGGGUAUAGAAGCCAAAGCAUGAACUCCCAUUUGGAAAACACUAUAGCUUAGCUGAAUGCCCAAAUAGAUUUCUUCUUGGGAGUGGAAAGAAGAAUAAUUAUGAAACAAACUUUUUGGAACUGUUGUUUCUUUUCUCCCUUCCAUCGAUUUCUGAAAGCUCUUAUAAAUAACUAGAAGAUUCUAACUAGCUUGAUUUUUUUUUCCCCCAAAAAAAGUGAUUGUCAGGAUGUGAAACUGUCCAUUUUUCUGUGCCUUCCAGAAAGGAGACUCUAAUUAGCAGUUGCCUGGUUGUUACACUAAUGCUCAAGCUUUAACAAAAUGAAAAUCUUUAUUUUUUAAAUGCAGUGGACUUUUCAAAAAUCAAAACGAAGCAAAGCAGCUUUAGCCUCAUAUUAAGGAAAUAUUAUCUUUGAACUCUGAAGCUGAAAUGCAAGCCUUACAUCACCUUAUGCUUUACUUGUUUAUAAUCUUUUUAUAUAAAGAAAUUGAGGGUUCUAAA